AUGUCUGGUUCAGUCAAACGUAGAGGUGAAAACCAUGGAGUGUCACUGAAUGGGGACUCAAAAAAGCCUCGGUUCAAGCGGGGAAGAAAUGAAAUGAGAACUAUUACUAGACAUUCAAGAAGAGGUGAAAAAUACCAUCAAGAUGAGCCUCACAAACACAAUGAAGGCAAUGCCGAGGAGGAUUCUGAAGAAGAAGAAGUGGAGGAUGCUCCUGAGACGAGUGACAAUGAUGAUGGAAUUGAUGUCUCCAAGGCAUAUUCGGCAUUGCUAACAUUAUUGAGUUGUGACCAUAAAGAAGUGAAAUCAAGUAACAACAAGAAGGAUAAGAAAGAAAUGCAAGAUAACGAAGAAGCUGGAAAUGAAGAAUUAGAAGAACAAAUGGCCCCAUCUGAUCGUGAAGGCGAUGAUGAUGAAGAAGAAGGCGAGAAUGAUUUUGCGGAUGACAAUGAGGAAGACGAAGAUGAAGAGACUAAAGACCCUUUUGAAGUCCACUUUAACCAAGUAUCUGACGAAUAUGUUGAUAAGGAAAAGAAAUUGGUUGUAGAUGAUAAAAGAAAAUGGGUAACCUCAAGUAAAAAUCAAGUUGGAAACUAUAUCAUUUUUGCUUCUUCUCCACCUGGGGAAGGUAUUGAUGUACAAGUUGGCAACUCAAAGUUAUUGUCAAACCAUCAUAUAAAAAGAAGAGUGGUGGAUGCUUACGAAUCUAAAUAUAAUACUCUCAGUUUGAAUGAGAUUGACAGAGCAUUACUUCAACCUAUGCUUUCUUACAAAGAUGUUUGUUACCCUUAUGUUCAACCUAAGAAUUCCGGAUACCGGAAACUUUAUACUGUUCACGCAUUGAAUCAUGUAUUCAAAACAAGAGAUCGGAUUUUGAAAAACAACGCUAAACUUCAUCACUAUCAAGAACAAUUACGUAGUGGGAAAACAGAUUUAGAAGAGCCUGAACUCAGAGAUCAAGGCUAUACCCGGCCAAAGGUGUUAAUUAUUUUACCCACUAGAAAUGCAGCUUAUGAAGUUGUUGAGAUGUUAAUCAAAUUAUCUGGUUCAGAACAACAAGAGAAUAAAAAGAAGUUUGCAGAUCAAUAUUACAGUAAUGCUGUACCACCAACAAAAAAAGCUGAAGAUUUCAUUGAUGCCUUCAGGGGGAAUAGUAACGAUUUCUUUUGUCUAGGAUUAAAGUUCACCAGAAAAUCUCUCAAGUUAUAUUCCUCUUUUUACUCUUCCGAUAUAUUGAUUGCGUCACCACUUGGUCUUCAAAUGAUUCUAGAAAGCCCGGAUAAAAAGAAGAGACAAUAUGAUUUCCUUUCAUCAAUUGAAGUACUUAUUGUUGACCGUGCAAACCAAAUUGAGAUGCAAAAUUGGGAUCAUGUUCAAACAGUAUGGAAUUAUAUUAAUAAGAUCCCCAAAGAAUUCCAUGAUGCAGACUUUAGUCGUAUAAGAAUGUGGGCGUUAAAUGAUCAAAGUAAGCUUCUUAGACAAACUUUGGUAUUUAGUGAAUAUUCUACUCCGCAAAUCAACAAUUUGCUCACAAAAUCAUUAAACUUGGGAGGUAAAGUAAGGUUCAAGAAUGUUGUUGAUACUAAACUGUGUAUAAUGAACCUGAUUGGGUUAAAGAUUAAGCAAGUUUUUCAACGGUUUAACGCUGCUUCACCCAUGGAUGUACCAGAAGUCCGCUUCAAAUACUUCAUCAAUACAGUUUUACCUUCUUUAAGUAAAUCAUCAUCAUAUGAAGACGGGCUUUUAGUGUACAUUCCCAGUUAUUUCGAUUACUUAAGAAUUAAGAGUCACAUGAAGACAAGUUCUAAGGUUACUUUUGGAGCAAUUGAUGAGUACUCCAGUCAAUCCAAGUUGACUAGAGCAAGACAGCAAUUUGCUCUGGGAAAGAUAAAGAUACUCUUGUACACUCAUAGAUUGCAUUAUUUCAGAAGGUAUGAGAUCCAGGGAGUGAAGACGAUCCUUUUGUAUGGGGUUCCAGAAAACCCCAUCUUUUAUAAAGAGCUUGUGCGGUUCAUUGGAAAGUCUUUGUUUCAACAAACUGCUGACAUUGAUCUUUCAUUUGUUCGUACUCUUUAUUGCAAAUGGGAUGCUGUUGCCUUAGAGCGUAUAGUUGGAGCUGAAAGAACCGGUAUCUUAUGCAACUCGACCAAUGAAACGUACGAGUUUGUUUAG